CCUGGAGUAGCCAGUAGUGUGGAGGGCGACGGGUGCAGCGAGGACGAAUAUGGGGGGGCCAAGAGCACCACUAAAAUGUCGGUCAGCAGUGAACCGGUAUCUCGCAGGAACCGUGGCAUGUCUUCGUUGUACCACGGUACAUGGCCUGUGGAGAGGACUAUGUGGAACUCGGAGCCUGCAAACAUGGGUGCCGGGGCCAGCCAACCCGUCCAGGCUAAUAUAAGCAACCAAAUGGAGGUGACGAGCGUGAUGAGCUUCGCCUCGAGUUCUGGUGGGGUUCCCCUUGACCGGGUACUAGGUAGCAGCCCCGAACGGGGCGGUAAAUGGACCUCCCAGCAGCUGGAAGCCAAGAUGGACGUCGUGCACAGCCUCCUCGCCAUGCUGGGCGGCCAGGAACACGUCGACAUGGGGGAGACCCUGUUAGCCUUGAGUACUUGCCCGGAAAGUUGUCUUGCCAUGCGUCAGUCGGGUUGUAUUCCGCUGUUAGUACAAUUAGUUCAAUCGGACAGGGACGGGGAUACAAGGACGAAAGCCUCGCAGGCUUUGCACAAUUUAGUUAAUUCGCAGCCGGACGAGAAGCUGCGGAAACGGGAGAGUAGGAUUCUGAAGUUGCUGGAUCAGUGCAAGGGGUACACGGAAGCGAUGCGGAACAAUACGGAAUACGAGCAAUCGGAGAGCAGCUCCAUGUCAGAAGGCUUAGAUGGAGAUAAACAUCCUGUACAAACAGUGGCGCACUUGAUGAAAUUGUCCUUUGACGAGGGACACCGGCAGGCGAUUUGCCAUCUCGGAGGGAUUCACACAAUCGCCUCUUUGGUGGAGGUAGAACAUACAAUGCACGGUAGCACGACAACCGAGAACCACUGCAUCGUAUUGCGUAGAUAUGCUUGUAUGGCACUUACCAAUCUCACGUUUGGUGACAGCGGCAACAAAGCUUUGUUAUGCUCGUUUAGGGAGUUCAUGCGGGCGCUAGUGAUUCAACUGCAGAGUCCUAGCGACGAACUUCGACAGGUCACUGCGAGCGUCCUGCGGAAUCUGUCCUGGCGGGCGGAUUCGACUUCCAAGGAGAUAUUGCGGGAAGUGGGCUCGGUAACGGGACUGAUGAAAGCCGCGAUGUUGGAUAACAAAGAGAACACCCUUAAAUCGAUACUGUCGGCAUUGUGGAACCUCUCGGCGCACUGUACGGAGAAUAAAUCGGAGAUAUGCGCCGUGGAUGGGGCGUUAGGUUUCCUGGUAGACAUGCUGACGUACAAAACCCCCUCAAAGUCUAUGGCGAUCAUCGAAAACUCCGGCGGCAUACUCAGGAACAUUUCCAGUCAGAUAGCGGUGAGGGAGGACUAUCGGGAGGUUUUACGGAGACACGACUGCCUGCAGAUCCUAUUGGACCAAUUAAAAUCGCCUAGUUUGACUAUCGUAAGCAACGCCUGCGGCACGCUUUGGAAUCUCUCGGCUAAGUGCAGCGCCGACCAGGAAGCUCUGUGGCAGAUGGGCGCGCCCACGAUGUUACGCAGCCUGAACCACUCCAAACACAAAAUGAUCGCAAUGGGUUCGAGCGCCGCUCUGAAGAAUUUAAUAAGCGCCCGUCCCCAACAGACUUUCUUGCCACAGAUGGACUCGACGGCCCUCUCCCUGGAUCUGCCCGCUCUUCCCACUCUAGGGGCUAGGAAACAGAAAGCGCUGAUGCAAGACUUGGAUCAGAGCUUGAGUGAAACGUACGAGAACAUCGAGAAGGACUCCCCCGUAAAACGAAGCGAUAAAGACGGAGCCGUCGGUGAUUUCAUACAAGAUCCCCGCCAUAAAACGAAAACGCCCACCAGCCCCGACUAUCUGCAAUACGAACUUCCUCCCAGGAGCAGCUCCAACCUGGACGAGGCGCAUCUGAGCACCGCCUUCGCCAGCUUGAACCUCAACGACCCGUCAACGAGCUACACCAGCGAGUUUAGGUCCAAAUCUAGGAUACCGCAGAACUUCGGCAGUUCUAGUUUGCCCUACAUGACCCCGCCGAUUAAACGUACAAACCCCUGCACUUACAUCCCGGUUAGGAACAAGUUUUCCGAUUGCGCCUACGAGGACGAGAUCGACGUGUCCGACCAGCCCAUAGACUACAGCCAGAAGUAUUCCGAGACGAAAUUGCCGAGCAACCAUGCCGGUAACACGUCUUCGGGGAAGGAUAGGGACGGUUUCUCGUACAACAAAUCGAAAACGGAGAAGGAGAGCUUCAGCAUAUACGCCGAAACUGAUCUAGAUCAACCGACGGACUAUUCCUUGAGGUACGCCGAGGACGAUUCGGAUUCUGAUAUUUGCAAUAAAAUAACGAAAGACGAACCGCAGGAAUACGUACAGGACACCGUUAAAACGUACUGCACGGAAGACACUCCCUACGAGACGCCGUUCAACUUCUCCACGGCUACUUCGAUGUCCGAUCUGCGUAUCGACGAGAAGCCCGUCAUAGACAACGACAAGUUGAAGGAGAGCGCUCCGAAAACGAACAAGGAAGUGAAUAAGAACGCGGACGAGAAAGAUCACUGUUCGACGGAGGACAUAUCGGAGAUCGAGAAUCGGCCGAAACUCGAAGACAAGAUACCCAAGUCCGAGCUCAGUUCCGGCCUGAUGUCGCCCGAGAAACCGGUAAAUUACUGCGAGGAAGGCACGCCCGGUUAUUUCUCGAGGGUCAGCAGUUUCGGUUCUUUGAAUUCCAUCCCGGCGAACGAAACGUUGAAGAACGAAACAAAAGAAAACGGGAGUUUGGAGAGGGAGAAUCAGAUGCAGGAGAAACAGGUCGAGAAGACACCGCCGAAGACUCCUUCGGAGGCCAAAGCCGUGAAGUUCGAGAGGGUGGUGAAUUACGCCGAAGAGACUCCCCUGAUGUUUUCGAGGUCAAGUUCGUUGGCGUCCCUGGACAGUAUCGAGCAGCAUUCCAUACACGACGAUAGGAGUUCCGUGGUUUCCGAUUUGAGUCGAUUGACUAGCGGCAUCGUUUCGCCGAGCGAACUGCCCGAUUCGCCCACGCAGACGGUGCCCCCGAGCCCGAAGCCCAGGAAGGGCCCCAUAGAAUUUCCCACGACGUCCAAACCCAGACUUUUGGCGGACGGCAGACCGCAACCGGCCCCUAGGACGGCGUUGAAGCCGAGCGUUUUUGAGGAUAACGUUACCAAAUUCAAGGAGGAGAGCACGCCGAUUCAGUUCUCGACUGCCACCAGCCUCAGUAGUUUGACGAUCGACGAUCACGAGGAGUCGAACGAGGCGAGCGAAGCGCAGCCGUUUAAAGCGAAACAGCCCGAACAUUCGACCAGGGAAGGUCUGGAGCAGAAAGAGGAAGAUGCGGAGGUUGAGAAAAAGGACGCCGAAAAGGAAACUAACGUUUCCGAUGACACCGACGAGUUCAAUCUCGAAUCUGACGACGAGGGUGACGAGGACUUAUUGGCCGCUUGCAUCAGCAUGGGUAAACAAUAUACGCAGCAAAACCCGCCCAAAACGCAGCCGCCCGCGUCCUUGAGCAAGCUGCCCCUGUCCAGCAAUAAAUACGCUCAAUCCAACAGCAGCAUACCUCUCUCCCGCGGCUCGUCUUGCAGCCUCCCGCAACCACCGACCGCCGUAAUUCCCGCGAGCCGCCCCUCAGUCGACGGCGUCAAGAUAUACGACACGGAAGACGCCCCCGAUGCCUCGAAACCCGAAUCGUACACGAACGCCGACAGCAAAACCAGUCCCAAGAAGGAUUACCUGUCGGACGACAGCAGCAACUUGUCGGGGGACAACGAAAGACUCCUGGCGGAGUGUAUAAGAUCGGGGAUGCCGCAGCCGAAGGCGGAACAGCCCAAGCUCAGCCCCAAGCCGGUGUCCUACCUGCCCAGGAGGCAGAUCCAGACUAACAUACCGUUCAGGUAUAAUCCCCCGGGUAAUACGAGGAGGGGAUCAGGGGAAGCCAGUAAAGCGCCUAGGGCGGAUAUAAGUAGGAGGGAGAACUCCCUGCCGCCGUAUUUGUCGUCGAGGGACGAAGUGGAGAGUUACGCGGUGGAGAACAGCCCGUAUCAUUACUCUCUGAGGUCGAGUUUGAGUGACCUGACGGUGGAAGGGAGCUUGGCCAGACUGAAACGGCCCGCGCAGCCGAGUAACCAGCUACAAGGUGCAUCCGGGUACGGGCAGCCCUCUAGGUCUACAGCGCAGCAGCAGACGAACUUAAAUAUAUCCCAGGAACAAAAUACGAGCCUGAAGGAGUCCUCGCGUCGCGACUCCUUAUCCUCGAUUAGUUUGGAAUCGUUAGGUUCACCCGAAGCACAACAGGCCCUUCUAGAGCAGUGCAUAUCGUCCGGGAAGCCCAAGAGCAAAUCCGUCACUCCUCCUAGAUCUUCCAAUGCGCUGGUCCCAAGGCCCGUCGAGAGGAGGAGCAUGGGAAAAUCGCACAGCCGAGACAGACAGCCACCACCGCCACCACCAGACGAGGAGCAGAAGCCAAAAAACGUGAAUGCUGCGUCUGUUGCCGGGAGCACAACAGUUCAAGCCAACGCAACGUGUCCCGAAAUGCCAACCGCGGCGGCAGGCGUAGAAGAAAAUCCAGAACCAGAGAAAGGGACAGGGAGCCCAGGGCCCAUUCAAGGAGCAGCCGGGAGGUCAGGGAUCCCAACAGAUACAUCACGGGGCAAAUGCUCGCCUUCCGAAGGGAUCUCAUCGACAGGUCUCACGAAGAGUGGAUCUAGUGAAUCCCUAUCGAGGAUCCUCAAGGAGGACAGUUGCGACGAUAUAACCGCGGCGUUUGCGUUUUCCCCCACCGAUAAUAUCAAGGGAAGCCUCACGAAGAGCGGAUCUAACAAAUCACUUUCGAGAAUCCUCAAAGAGGAGGACUACAAUAACACGGCAGCUGCUUUCGUGUUUUCGGCCGCUGAUAACAUCGGAAUCGAAGAUUGUCUGGCGAGGAGCUGCGAAGACUCGAGGGCGGUGGACAAUCGAAUGUUAGACCCGGACGCGAUGAUAGAAUCUUUAGACAGAUUCACGGCGGAGUUGGUUUCGCAGGCGAGCCACCUGAACAAAGACGAGGACAAAUACAAAGUUUCGACUGGAGACAACACUUGGAACGAAGACACGUCCCCGAACGAAGUAACGUUUCCCAGCAUAUCCGGCAGUGCACCGAACGUGAUUACUUUCAGCAACGAAGAGGAUUCCAACAAAAUAGAAGAGGAUGCGGUGGACGGAGCGAACGAAAGCAAAGAAGCUCCUUCGAACGACUUUUCCUCGAUCAACACCAGCACGAUGACGGAGAGUACUCUAAUCGCCAUCGAAGCCAGUAAAAUGGCGACAGUUUUCAAGAACGAGGCGGAAAUGUCCCUGAGCAUAAACAGCGCCGCUUCCUUGGAAUUGGACCACGUACAGCCGCCCUCUCACCUGAAUUCCCUAACGAACAGCGCCGUUGGCUUGGAAAAGGGCAUUCCGAAGAGCCCGAAAUUAACGGCGAGGAAGAAAUCGUUGUCCGCUGGUCUCAUGGUUAGAAGAGCACUUAGCAACUCUUUAAACCAUGGUUCUAGCUUGGAGAGCCUGGAAAACCAGAGUUUGUCCAAUUUGGAUCACGUCAACCCACCAUCGGACCUCCACGACGUCUUCGAUCUGGAAGGCAGCAUGACCAGCGUUGCGAGCCUACCCAGCGAGAACGACAUUAAAACGGACUUCAUCGUAAACGGAAUCGUGGGUAAAGACGUACAAAACAGCCAGCACCCCAUAUUCAACGUGAAACAACCGUUCAACGUGUCGAACUACAGCUGCGAACUGGAGAACAUAAAUCCACCUUCGUUAUUUAACGAAAUAACCGACUUUUGUAAUUCCCUUGCUGACUUCGGAUCCGAGACGAUCUGUACCGAAACCGGCGAUAUUUUCGAAGACUGCUACACUCACGUCGCUGAGAUGACACUGCAGGAGGAGAAUAUCACAUUGGCCGAUGAGGUGACUGAAUUUUCGGAUGCUCACAGCGCGACUCCCAUCCUUUCCGAUCUGAGCAGCGCGGAGUCGACGCCGAAAAAGUCGAAAACCCUGACGAAAUCUAUGACAACGAAACAGAGGAGGAGUCUGGCGAGGGACCGGUAUAAGACGUACACCGUCGCAGCGGAGAUGGUUAUGCGGGAAGAAGGGGAGAAGGCGAGGGAGAACAGCGAGUCUACAGAGGAUUCCAGGACGGCGCGGCAGCUGCAAGAUAGGUCUGUGAGCGACACCACGUACGUCUCGUCGAGUUACAGCGUUACGUCGCCGAAGUUGACUCCGAGGGAGAAGAGGCAGUUGAAUAGGUCCCGUUUUGAGACACAAGUCUUGGACGAAGCAAUCACGAGCAUCCUACAGCAGCCGAUCAUAGAAACCCCUCCUCCCUCCGACAGCCAGAAUCAGAGUUGUGACUCCAACAGUUGCGGUUCAUCGCCGGCUCAAAGUCCGGCCAGGACCAAAUUGAGCAUACGUAGAAACUUCAUGCAGAAACGACUAGAAAACAAAGAUCGUUUCAGGACCCAAACCCUGAGCGAAUCGAGUUUCUCGCCCGAGAUCUCGUCGGCCUCUCCGCCGUUGAUAAACGGAGACGCGGAGCUGCACCUACACCUGCAGAAAGAAGCCGAUUUAGUACUGAGGACCCUGAGAGAUACGAAGACAACGCAAGACGAGCUGCUGGACUGCGAGACGUUGAGUUUAGUCAGCAACGACGAUGACUCUGAGCACAAUUCUGGGAGUUCUGUGAACUACAGAACGUAUCACAAGAGUUGGGGUUUCAGAAAAAACAUUCCCAUCGUUAACUCGGAGAACAACAAUGAAGACGGUCUUGUAAAUUGUCAAUCCAAUUUCUCAAAUGAUCCAGAACAACUGUCCGACGAGUUAACCGUCACGAACGUACGCGAUGAGUACUUGAACGAGGAUGGAGGAGAAGAAAGAGCGGAGCCCAAGCCUGCAGGGAAACCGAAAAUCGUGAAACCGGAAGAGAAACCCGUGGAGCAGGCCGAGGAAGCGGUUAACGAAGAGCAGGGCAGAGGUAUCCGCGGCCGCAGGAAACCACUGUACUCGAAGAGCAACAUCAACAACAAGGUGGCGCCGAAGAAUAUAAAACCCGCCAAGACGAUGGCUAGUAAUCUGGUGAAGAACGUAACCUCGACUCUGAAGUCCGGUACCGCUUUGAAGACCGUCGUCGUCAAGCAGAAUAAGACGACCGCUGUGAAGCCGCCGGUGACGCAGAGUAGGACUUCUAGCGGGUACGGGAGCAAGACCCUGUCUAAUUCCAGUUCGCCGAAAACGAGUCCUGCUAGGGUUCCGUUGAGUAAGGGCAGUCCCAAGCAUGUGCCGGCGGCUGCCAAGCAACAAGCAGCGACUCCAAAGGGUACCCCUCCGAUGGAGAGGCAGGGGACGUUCACGAAAGACGAACCCAGCCCCAGCAACAUUCCCAAACCGUCUAGUAAAAUCCCCACCCCUUCCACGACGUCUAAAAUACCCGCCUUCACAUCGAAAAUAGCCAGGUCGGUGGCGCCCACGACAUCGAAGAUACCGAAUAAUUCCGGCAAGCCCCCCACGUCCGUCAGAAAUGGCUACGUGAAAUCCGCCAGUUCGGACAGGGCCAAUAAGAACACGAGGAUUUACAACCGAUCGACGAGCGCCGACAGCAGGGAACCAGUCAGGAAGAUGCAGCCGUCGCCUUCCAGCUACAGCCUGAAGAACGAGCCGAGGAUGGUGAACGGGGCGGUCAAGAAAUCGGGAAUUCCCAGCCCGGCGCAAAGGUCCAAUAGCAAUUCGAGUAUAACCUCAAACGGCAGCGCGAGCGCCAAAAAACAAGUAACGAGCAAAAUAGCGAGCCUCUGGAAGAAGAUCGAGGAUAGCAAGAAGAAGCCGGCCAAAAAGGACACGAGGGUGUGGAUUCAGUCGGAAUCCGAGCCCGAGGCCCCCAGGUUGAUCAGAAGUAAUACAUUCGAUAACAAGGACGGUCCCAUCUUGAGGAGUAAGGUACCGGAAGAGGGGGACCCCACCAAACGCAUUUCUAGGUUAGGAUCUUUUAUAAUAAUGGAUGAGAAUGAGGACGGUAUCAGGCUGCAGCAGGCGAUAAACGCUUCUGCGGCCACCGCGAACGUGGUUUGAUUAAAUUUUUAAGGGAAUUUUUUUUUAGUUAGGGCUUAAUAUUUUGCAUGUUUUUUAUAUUCCACUGUACCUAAGCAUCACUGUUUAAUGUUCUCUUUGAUUUGAUUUUAAUCGGAAAAGGAAAACGCGAGUUUUUGUUUCCCGUUAAUUGACGAUCACUUUAUUUUUCAGUGUGUUGUGGUUAAUUGUAUUUUAUUUUUUUUCGAGGAAGAUGUUCGUCGGUGAGAAGGCGUUUUUUUUGCUCCCGUCGACAUUUUCGAUACAGUAACGUUGUCGUUUGUAUUUGAAAUGGUCCACGUUGGGGGAAAAACUCGUCUUCUUGCUUGUGUUUAGCUGUCGAGUGCUAGUUGCGAUGUUUAAAGCCAUAAAGAUUUAUUUCUAGUCCGAUUCGUUUGUCACGUAAGCAUUUAACCUGUAAAGACUGUAUAUUUAUUUAAAUAGUAUUUACGUUCCGUGAUAUUAAUUAGCCGCCUAGGAGACUAUGAUUGUAUAUACCAUGUUUAGGGAUGUUAGUCGAUAAAUCACAAUGUAGUUUUAUAAUAUUUGUAUCUAUUACUUACUUAACCGUGCGUACGAUCUUGUGGUCAUGUGGCUAAACAGUGAUGUUUCAGCUAGAGUUUUUUUUAAAGUUUUAGUCGAAUUCUGUUACGUCAUGUCCCAAGAUUAUGUAUUCGUUUGUGAAUAUAUUGCUUUAAUGUUUU